AUGGCCCCCAGCAAGUCGCAUUUGAGCCAGAGUGAGUUCUUUGACAAGUUAGAGAAACUCUUCUCUCAGCGCAAGGGGGGCGAUCAUGGCGCUAUCCACCUAUCACAAAAGCGUCUCAAAAACACCGAGGACACUGCUAUGCCCUCGGCGGAUGAGCCCUUUCCUGACCUGAACACAACGGAGCCUCACUCAAUAGUGAUCCGCGCUACUAACGGGAAGUCCAAGAAGGAGCGGGACUCCAAGGUCAGGAUCUCGACGGUCGUCAAGCCCGAGGAUCUGGAGGAGUUCUACACGCGGUAUGCGGACAUCUGCAAGACCGGCAUGACGGCGCUCAAGCCGAGAGACCGCAACAAGAAGAAGCUCAAGGCCAAGAAGAAGAAGAAUGCCUCAUAG